AUGGAUCACGGCAGUAGACCUCCCCACGCCGACGUGCGCCGCAACCAGCAAGUCGACAAUGCCAUUCGGGCCAUUCAAGAGAAGAAGCCCGUCCCCGAGAUCGACUUCACCAUCCACACCAUGGAAGAUGGCACGCAAGUGAGCACGCUGGAGAGGGUGUGCAAAGCGCCCGCCAUGACCAAACCCACUCAAGAACAGUUUUUCCAAGACGACACUCAUUCUAAGCCCGACAUCGCCUUUCUCAAGCAGCACUUCUAUCGCGAGGGCCGUCUGACGGAGGACCAAGCACUCUGGAUUCUUCGCAAGGGCACCGAGAUCCUGCAGAACGAGCCCAACCUCCUCGAGAUGGACGCUCCCAUUACCGUCUGUGGCGAUGUUCACGGCCAGUACUAUGAUUUGAUGAAGCUGUUCGAAGUCGGCGGCGACCCAGCCGAGACCCGCUAUCUAUUCCUGGGUGAUUAUGUCGACCGAGGAUACUUCAGCAUCGAGUGCGUUCUGUAUCUGUGGUCUCUCAAGAUUCACUACCCCAAUACGCUAUGGUUGCUCCGAGGAAACCACGAGUGUCGCCACUUGACCGACUACUUCACCUUCAAGCUUGAAUGCAAGCACAAGUACUCAGAGGCUGUAUACGAUGCCUGCAUGGAGUCGUUCUGCAGCUUGCCAUUGGCGGCUGUGAUGAACAAGCAGUUUUUGUGCAUCCAUGGUGGCCUAAGCCCUGAACUGCAUACCCUUGACGACUUGAGAAAUAUUGACCGGUUCCGAGAACCUCCCACACAAGGUCUCAUGUGCGAUAUUCUCUGGGCAGACCCUCUGGAAGAUUUUGGCCAGGAAAAGACGACCGACUACUUCUUGCACAACCACGUUCGCGGCUGUUCGUACUUCUUUUCAUACCACGCUGCGUGCGCAUUCCUCGAGAAAAACAACCUGCUGUCCAUUAUCAGAGCGCACGAGGCUCAAGACGCCGGGUACCGCAUGUAUCGAAAGACGCGUACUACCGGCUUCCCCAGCGUCAUGACCAUCUUCUCUGCUCCCAACUACCUGGACGUGUACAACAACAAGGCCGCGGUGCUCAAAUACGAAAACAACGUCAUGAACAUCCGGCAGUUCAACUGCACCCCUCACCCUUACUGGCUGCCCAACUUUAUGGACGUCUUCACAUGGUCUCUGCCAUUCGUAGGCGAGAAGAUCACAGACAUGUUGAUUGCCAUUCUCAGCACGUGCUCCGAAGAAGAGCUCAAGGAGGAGACACCAUCCUCGACCAGCCCACACUCGCCAACAACCUCCCAAGUCGGCGACGACCCCAACUCGAUCGAGUUUAAGCGAAGAGCGAUCAAGAACAAGAUCCUGGCCAUUGGUCGCAUGUCACGCGUCUUCCAGGUGCUUCGAGAGGAGUCGGAGAAAGUCACGGAGCUCAAGACCGUUUCCGGAGGCAGACUGCCCGCUGGCACACUCAUGCUCGGCGCUGAAGGCAUUAAGAAUGCGAUAAGCUCGUUUGAGGAUGCGAGAAAGGUUGACUUGCAAAACGAACGCCUGCCACCCAGCCACGAAGAAGUCGUGAAGCACCAGGAGGAGGAGCGGGCCACGGCACUGCAAAAGGCGGCCCAGGACGCUGAUAAUGACAAGAAGUUGCACCAGCUUUCUCGGAGACUGAGCACGUAA